CGUCCACGUUGGCAGCUGAGUCCCGCCCUACUACCCUACUACUACCACAAAUCGGAGAUCUCGCUAAUACAAAACUGGUUCAUUCAGAAUUUUGAUAGUAGUAGACACUAGAGAGGCCAUGGCCGGACCGACGGCGAGAAUACCGGGGAACUGCCGGAACAUUAAUUCUGGUGAUCGUGAGGUUGAAUGGUUCGGGGGAAGGCCCAGCUUCCCCGUUCCCGAUGUGUUUUUUGGCUUCCUCGAGGAAGGAGAUGGGUCGCCGGAAAUCUGUUCCGAUAAGGGCGAUGGCUAUAACCAAGACGGAGCUGGUUUCCUCGUCGACGAGGACGAGGAGGAAGAAAGUUCUAGCAACGCUGAGGAGAGCAAGGCGUUUUGGGAGAAGCAGCACCAGCUUCUGCAAGCGACCUUGUGCAGGACCAGCUCUCUGGAAUCCAAAAUCAGACAAGCCACCAAAGAGGCCAUAACGGAAUGCCAGUUGGCAGGAAACAUUUGCAUUUGCCGGAAACCCGUAGCCGGAGGUUGCCGGAGAUGCUUGCAGCGGGAAGUUUCUGACCAUCUUCUCAAGGCUGGUUACAACAGUGCCAUAUGUAAAUCCAAGUGGAGAAGCUCCCUAGACAUCCCAUCAGGAGAACACACCUAUCUCGAUGUGGUGGAAAACAAUCCCAAGAAAGGGGAUGUGAGAGUAGUGAUCGAGUUGAAUUUCCGGGGUGAAUUCGAGGUGGCGAGAGCAAGUGAAGAAUACAACCGGUUAAUCAAACGGCUUCCUGAAGUUUUCGUCGGAAAGGCCGAAAGGCUACGUACUCUGAUCAAGAUAUUGUGUUCAGCCGCUAAGAAAUGCAUGAAAGAAAACAAGAUGCACAUGGCUCCAUGGAGGAAACACAAAUAUAUGCAGGCCAAGUGGUUCGGAACCUGCGAAAGAACGACGCAUGCCCCACUAUUUCCGGUGGGAUAUUCUGACCGGCCGACAAGGCCAAAAGCUUCUAUGCUAACAUUCGAUUUGUUGGAGAAGUUGCCCAGCUUGCAUUGUACAGCGGUUGAAGUUGUGUGAUUCCAAAGUCCAAACAUAGUUUUGUCCACGGUCUUUGCCUGUUUCCCUUGGAAAUAUACAAUUUUAACGACCCUCUGUAAAUUUCAGAGAGAAUAAAUAUACAUACUUGAAAUUGAAUGAA